ACGGGUGCCGUCCCGGCAGCCCUUCUAGCGCGUCCUCUCGAUCUCCCAGAGUACUUCCUGCAGAGCCACUCUAGGCGGUUACCUCCGGUGACUGUGGUUUGUGCCGCAGCCGCUCUAGGCAGCAGGAGCCGGCUCUAUGACCUGGCGGGGCCUGCCGGUGGGACGGUGCCCGGGGGCGACAGCCGGGUGGCGGAGGGGAGAGUCCCCGGGGCGGCCCGAGGAGGCUCCGUCCGCCCAGGCCUUCAUUAGGAGGCUCGAGGCAGAGCCCGCCGCGCCCGUAGCCCUGCGGAGGCCCGGCGGCGGCGCAGAAAGUGGUUUUGUGAAGAAAUGGCCUCCAGCAUUGGAAAUGAAAAGAGUGUGAAUCCUGUGCUCAGAAUAAGUCAACUUGAUGCUCUUGAACUAAACAAAGCCCUGGAACAACUAGUGUGGUCCCAGUUUACCAGCUGUUUUCAUGGAUUUAAACCAGGCGUGUUGGCUCAUUUUGAACCAGAAGUAAAAGCAUUUUUAUGGCUUGUAUUAUGGAGAUUCACUAUCUAUUCCAAGAAUGCAACUGUGGGACAGGCUAUUCUGAAUAUUCAUUACAAGAAUAACUUAUCUCAGACAGAGAAAUACCAACCUCUGAGCAAACACCAGAAGUUAUGGUAUCUUAUUUUCACUGUUGGUGGAAGGUGGUUGGAAGAAAGAUGUUAUGAUUUAUUUAGCAAUCGUCAACUGCAAUCUUUCUGCAAAAUUAAGAGUUAUAUUAACUUUGGAGCUGGACUUCUUAAACUCUGUGGACUUUUAAAUUUUCUGAUUUUUCUUCAGAAAGGAACAUUUGCAACGCUUACAGAACGCAUUCUAGGAAUUAGGUCAGUUUUUUGCAAGCCACAAAGUGUUCGGCAGGUAGGAUUUGAAUACAUGAACAGGGAGCUCUUAUGGCAUGGUUUUGCUGAAUUUCUGAUCUAUCUGCUACCACUUAUUAAUGUACAGAAACUAAAACUUAAAAUUUCUUCUUGGUGUUUGCCUAUUGCAGGUCUUCCCAAUAGUGAAAACACAUUAGCAGCUCACUGCAAGGAAUGUUCACUAUGUGGGGAAUGGCCUACCAUGCCUCAUACCAUAGGCUGUUUGCAUGUUUUUUGUUACUACUGUAUUAAAAGUAACUGUUUAUUUGAUAUAUAUUUUACAUGUCCUAAAUGUGGGUCAGAGGUACACAGUCUUCAGCCACUGAAAUAUAAAAUUGAAAUGACAGAAUUGCAUGCCUGAUAUGAGGUUGCUUUGUUUUUAUACUAUACAUGAAAUAUUAUGUUGAAGAGAUUAAUGGAAAAAUUCAGAAAUUAUUGUAAACAGAAAGCUUAAAGAUGCGUUUGGAGACCCUGUAAUUUUUUGUAACAUAUGUCUUUACUGGUCUUAUUUUUUUAAUGAGUAACAGUGCCAAUUUGCCUCUCUGAAGGAAAGAAAAAGGAGUUCACCAGCUCUUCUAUUCUGUCAGGCUACUUGAUACCAGUUUGGUACCUCUAUCUUGUCAAGUCAUUCCUUCUUAGAUCUAGAGUCUGUCAGCCUACCACUUCCUAACUGUGUGCUAUAUACUUCCCUCAAAGAUAAAGAAGAUGUCCAGUAAGCUUUUACCCAUUUUGUGGAUUUUCUCAAGCUUGUUGUAAAAGCUUCUGCCAUUACCAGCUUAGCUAGUAGAUGGAUUUAGUGGGAAAGUCAUCCUUGUCAUGCCUAAAGAAUAAUUUUAAAUUUGAGUAUUUUGAAUUUGAGUUCCCAGUGUGAUGUUCCACUGCAGAAAGGAAAGGUGUAAGAUGAAUUGUCAUCUGAGCAGAUUAUUAAUAGUUUUCAUCAUAAUCACCCACCAUAACAGGACAUACUCUUUCUCUACUCAGAAUUGCUUUCUUAUCAAUAGACCAUAGGCUUUAAGUGAUCCAUCUGGUAGACAGAUAGAUACUCUGUAGUUAACAUGUGCCUACAGGAGAUAAAAUCACUUCCUGUGCAAAUACAGUGCACCUUCUAGACCUUCAUGAGAUGACUGAACUCAUUUACUCAGUCAGCUCUAUGUCUGUGAUCUUCAGUGAUGUAUAUGUGACUACCUCCCACUUCUUCCCUAUAAAGCUGAGGGAUGCAGUUCAUACAUUGGAAUGUGGCAGCUGCCUAAGGUAACCCACAUUAUUCUGAGUCAGAGACACUGGAGAAAACUGUUUACUCACAAGAUGCUGUCUUUGGGA